AUGGCCCCGUCGCAAGCUUAUUUGAACGAGCCCAUUGCCAUCAUUGGCAGUGGAUGUCGAUUCCCCGAGCCACGCGAUGUACAGGCUCAGAUUCCAGCUGCUCGGUUCAAUCCGGAUGGGUUUUACCACCCGGAGAACACCCAUCAUGGGACCAGCAAUGUGCGUCAUUCAUACCUACUCUCGGAGGAUCACCGGCUCUUUGAUGCCCAAUUUUUCGGCAUCAAACCCGUCGAGGCACACUCCAUCGACCCCCAGCAACGGCUCCUUCUCGAGACCGUCUACGAGAGUCUGGAGGCUGCCGGGAUCUCCAUCGAGCAGCUUCAAGGCUCAUCAACCGCGGUCUAUGUUGGCCUCAUGGGGGCGGAUUAUGCCGACCUGCUCGGACGCGACACGUCGUUCUUUCCCACCUACUUUGCCACCGGCACGGCAAGAAGCAUCAUCUCCAACCGGAUCUCAUAUUUCUUUGACUGGCGGGGGCCAUCCAUGACGAUCGACACCGCGUGUUCAUCCAGUUUGAUCGCUGUGCAUCAGGCGGUCCAGGUUUUGCGCUCCGGCGAGUCUCGAGUGGCGAUUGCGGCUGGGGCCAAUCUUCUCCUGGGGCCCGAGCAGUACAUCGCAGAAAGUAAUCUCAAGAUGUUGUCGCCGGACGGCCGGUCGUACAUGUGGGAUGACCGGGCCAAUGGGUACGCGCGAGGGGAGGGAAUGGCAUCGGUGGUGCUCAAGACCCUGUCCGCUGCGAUUGCCGAUGGGGACCAUAUUGAAUGUAUUAUCAGAGAGACUGGAAUCAAUCAAGACGGUAAAACCAAGGGUAUCACCAUGCCUAGCCCCGUCGCCCAAGCCGCCUUGAUCGAGGCUACCUACGCGAAAGCCGGCUUGGAUUUGCGACGGGCGCAAGAUCGACCCCAGUACUUCGAAGCACACGGCACCGGCACGCCUGCAGGUGACCCUACGGAAGCGGAGGCCAUUCACAAUGCAUUUUUCCAAAACAACCCUCCUCCGCAGAAUCUUCGCAGUCUGUUAUUUGUCGGCUCUAUCAAGACGGUGAUUGGCCAUACCGAAGGGACUGCAGGGCUGGCUGGUCUGCUCAAGGCUUCCUUGGCCUUACAGCACGGGGUCAUCCCUCCCAAUCUGUUAUUCGAGAGGCUCGCACCCUCCGUGAAGCCAUUUUACAACUACCUGCGGAUCCCGGUCAAGAGUCAACCCUGGCCUGCCAUCGAACCCAACGCGCCACGGAGAGCGAGUGUCAACUCAUUCGGAUUUGGGGGCGCCAAUGCCCACUGUAUCCUUGAAAGCUAUAUGCCGACAGACAGGGCUGCUGGCAUCACUAGAACCCAGUCAGGGGGCAUAGUCUGCACUCCUUUCACCUUCUCCGCGACCUCCGAGAGCUCGCUCAAGGCUCUCGUGUCCUCGUACUCGGAGCUGCUGAGGACGCAGCCGUCCAUCGAUCUUCGCGCCCUCUCGCUCACUAUAGCGACGAGACGGACUGGAUUUCCCACACGCAUCUCUUUUGCAGCCACAAGUGCAGCUGAUCUUCUCCCCAAACUUGAUCUCUUCACAGAUGGAAACGGCGAAAACCCCAUGGUUUCUUCGGCGUCUGCAUCCAUUUCGCGUCCACCACGCGUACUCGGAGUCUUCACCGGCCAGGGUGCUCAAUGGGCCAGAAUGGGGGCAGAGCUGCUGCAGUUUCCCGCGGCGCAAGUGAUUGUGGAGCGGUUGGAAGACAGUCUGUCCCAGCUCCCCUUGGAUCGCCCGACAUGGUCUCUCAAACAGGAGCUAUUAGCAGACAAGCAGUCAUCGCGGGUGGACGAAGCUGCCCUGUCCCAACCCCUAUGUACCGCCGUUCAGAUUAUUCUGGUGGAUCUUCUCAGGGCAGCAGGCAUCAAGUUCUGUGCGGUUGUUGGCCAUUCCUCUGGGGAAAUUGGGGCCGCAUACGCGGCCGGAUAUUUAAGCGCAACGGACGCAAUUCGGAUUGCGCACUACCGGGGCGCAAAUCUUCACUUUGCCCAAGGCAAAAAGGACCAAGCUGGAGCGAUGAUUGCGGUGGGGACGUCCUUCGAAGACGCGCAGGCGUUGUGCCAAUUAAGACGCUUCAAGGGCAAAGUGGGCGUCGCGGCCUGCAAUUCUUCGACAAGCGUGACGCUAUCUGGCGAUCUCGAAGCCAUUGAUUACGUCCGGGCUGUGUAUGAGGAAGAAAAGAAAUUUGCUCGGGUAUUGAAGGUCGAUAAGGCGUACCAUUCGCACCAUAUGGCUCCUUGUGCAGAACCCUACGCGAAUGCUCUGCGCGCCUGUGGCAUUCAACCGCAACGGCCAGCACCCUCGGAUUGCCUGUGGAUUUCGAGUGUUUAUCAGAAAAACAUCGAUGAGGUCCAGGAUAGUCUCGCGGACUCCUACUGGGUGAGCAACCUGGUGUCUCCGGUCUUGUUCUCCCAAGCCCUGCAAUAUGCGCUGGGCGAAGACCGCUUUGACCUCGCGAUUGAAAUCGGUCCUCAUCCUGCCUUGAAAGGGCCUGCCCGCCAGGUCAUGCAAGAGGCCAUCGGAGAUCCCAUCCCGUACACCGGGGUGCUGAGCCGGGGUACUAAUGAUAUCAAUUCCUUCUCCAGCGGGCUCGGGUACAUUUGGACCACGCUCGGGCCCAACGCCAUCGAUCUCGUGGGAUAUGAUCGCCUACUCAAUUUUCCGGUGAACGUACAGGUGCCUCUGAAGAGACUCCCUUCUUACCCUUGGGAUCAUGACAGGACGUACUGGUACGAGUCACGUACAUCCAAAAUCUUCCGCGAACGAAAGUAUCCUCCACAUGAACUUCUGGGGACCCGGUGUCCGGAUGCCUCCGACAAGGAAGUCCGAUGGAGCAAUUAUCUGAUUCCCAAGGAGCUACCCUGGAUUCCAGGCCACCAAAUCCAAGGACAGAUGGUGUUCCCUGCUGCUGGCUAUAUCUCCACCGCGGUUGAAGCGGUCCGCCAGAUUGCUGGGAACGCAUCCUUGAAAAUGAUCGAGCUCACGGAUUUCACGAUUGGGCAGGCUCUGGUUUUCGACACCGAAGACUCUGCGGUGGAGAUCCUCGUGUCCGUCACGCAGCUACACCGGCAAGGAAACAUGUUGACGGGGAGAUUCAGCUUCUUUUCGACUACUGGCCAGGACACAGGGCCUAUGCUGCUCAAUGCCGAUGAUGUGCAACUACUGCCUCCGGUGCCGGAAGAACAGUUCGCUAUGAUGGAUGUUGAUCCUGACCGAUUCUAUGACACCUUUGCAGGCUAUGGGUAUGAGUACACCGGUCCCUUCAAGGCACUUUCGUCGAUGGCCAGGAAAGCCGGUGUCGCGACUGGCCGGAUCUCAGUGCCUGAACCGUCCGUGCCGGGGAAGCCCUUACUUCUUCACCCUGCACCCUUGGAUGCCGCUAUCCAAUCAGUUCUGCUGGCUUUUUGCUUUCCAGGUGACGGUCGACUUCAGGCCAUCCAGCUUCCCACCGACAUCACCCGGAUUCGCAUCAAUCCCGCCCUAUGCGCUGCCCAGUCCGCGUCCGGUCAGCCCUGGAAAUUCCAUUCGACUAUCGGUCGGGACGAUGGGUCGAGAGUGGAUGAAGACGUUGAUCUGUAUCCCAUUGGUGGUCAGCAUGCGAUGGUUCAAGUGGAAGGCAUGCAUACCAGGCCCAUGGUUCCCCCGACUGAAGCCACGGAUGUGCAUAUCUUUUCGGAGCCGUACUGGGAGGUGUUCUCUCCGAACGCGAUGCACGCUCCAGCGGACGAGCGGGAGAGCUUCGAGUUUGGCUUCGUCCUAGAAAGGGUCGCUUACUACUAUCUUCGCCAGCUCGUCGACAGGACUAACCCGCAGGAUCGCGAGAACUGUGAGUGGCAUUACAAACACUUUCUCGCGUAUGCAGAGCACAUGCUGGACCGCGUUGCGACUGGCCAUCACCCAUUUGCUCAACAGCGAUGGAAUCUGGAUACACACGCGGAGAUCCACUCGAUCAUUGACAGUCAUCCGGAGAAUAUCGGUCUUCGCAUCAUGCGUGCGGUUGGCGAGAAUAUGGUCUCCGCGAUCCGAGGAGAGGCAUCGAUGCUGGAGGCUAUGAUCAAGGAUAAUAUGCUGAACGAUUUCUACGUCACAGGUUUAGGCAUGGAACAGUAUCUCCACAAGUUGACCAGCGCGGCGAAGCAGAUUGGACACCGGCACCCAACGAUGAAUGUCCUGGAAAUUGGGGCUGGAACAGGCGGUGCAACCAAGUCGAUCCUGAGAGAGCUGGAUGACGCUUUCGCCUCAUAUACGUUCACGGAUAUUUCCAGCGGGUUCUUUGAAAAGGCCGUGCAGACCUUCAAAGCCUACGAGUCCAAGAUGACUUUCAAGACGCUCAACAUCGAAAAGGAUAUCCUUGAACAAGGAUAUGCAGAGCACUCCUUUGAUCUGAUCAUAGCCUCUCUCGUGUUGCAUGCGACGACCAAGUUGGAGGAGACCAUGAAGAAUGUCCGCAAGCUGCUUAAACCCGGCGGAUACUUGCUGAUGGUCGAGCUUACGGACAACGAGCCCAUGCGAUUCGGGUUUGUCUUUGGGGUCCUCCCUGGCUGGUGGCUCGGAAUAGACGAUGGAAGACGAUUAUCGCCGUGCAUUGAGCCCCCCAAGUGGGAGAAGCUCUUGCAGGAGACGGGCUUCGCAGGCAUCGAGUCGAUUGUCCCGCAUCAUACAACGGAACCACUCCCCCUCUGCGUGAUUCUAUCCCAGGCCGUGGAUGAUCGAAUGGAGCUUCUUCGAAACCCGCUCUCGUCCAGCCCUCAACAGACUAGUAUCGCCAUCCCUGAUCUCACCAUCAUUGGAGGCACCACACCUCAAACAGCCACUCUCAUAUCAUCCAUUGUGCAAGAGCUCUCGCCAUUCGCUGAGCAGAUCCGAAGGCUACCCUCGUUGCUGGAUCUGAAUGUCAACAGUCUUCCAUUGGGUGGAAGCGUGAUCUGCCUUCAAGACCACGAUGAGCCCGUUCUCAAGUCGCUGUCCGACUCGACAUUGCGGGGUCUCCAAUGCUUAUUUGAACGGUCUAAGAAAGUGAUCUGGGUCACUGCUGGAUACAAGGAAUGCGAUCCCUAUGCCAAGAUGAUCGUGGGAUUCUGCCGCUGCCUUCUGCAGGAAAUGCAGCACCUCCGGCUGCAAGUCUUGGAUUUCCCACAGUGUGAACUGCCCAGUUCACAGUUGAUUUCCGAGACCAUGAUCCGCUUUGCAGCCACGGAGGUCUGGGAAGAUCAGGGACGGCUGAAGGAUUUACUCUGGACCCUCGAGCCGGAGAUCGCCUUUGAACACGGCAAGGCAUGGAUACCCCGGGUCAAGUUGAGCAAGCGUCUGAACAGUCGGUACAAUUCCUCUCGUCGCUUGAUCACGCAGCCGGUCAAUCUCCAGGUGGAACCUGUAACCCUGACCCAUCGUGAUGAGACCUACUCCAUCCGGUCAGGUUCUGAUCAGGUGCUCGACGCUGCGGGGGGUUCAUCGCCCACCUAUCGCUCCGUGGAGAUCGAUGUCAAAUGUUCGGUUUCGAGGUCCGUCAAGAUCGGUCAUCUGGGACAAUUCUUUGUCGUUCUCGGCACCAAAAGCGUGACCAACCUCCAAGUCAUCGCUUUAUCCACCUGCUUAUCAUCCAGAAUCACGGUUCCGGACUACUGGGUGCAGCCUUGUCUGGUGCCCGAGCAGCAGGCUGUGAACUACUUGGUGACAUUGUUUCAUCUCCUCUUGGGCAAUGCAGCCCUAAGUGACUUGGGCCCGGAUGACGUGCUGGUGGUUCUGGAGCCUGACGCAGCUCUGGCAGCCUUCUUGGAGCCAGCAGCGCAGUCGCAAGGUGUCUCCCUCCACUGUGUGACUGCUGAUACCUCUCCCCUCAAAGGGCCGUGGACCAUUCUACAUGCCCACGCUUCGAGGAGGGAUCUGGUCACUGCCCUUCCCGGACGAAUCUCGCGUCUCCUUUCCUGGACGGAGAAUCCCUGGUCUUCUCUGCUUCGUGAGUGCAUGGAUGCCCGCUAUCCCGUUGAAACGAAGGACACACUAGUACCAUUCACCGGACGGCUGAAUGCUGCUGUGACCGAUCAUCGGAUCUCCGAGGCACUCGAGACUAUGGAUCCACUCAAGAUGUCGAUGCGAUCCUUGCAAGACAUGGUGAACGAAAAUGACACCAGCCAAGUGUUCCUCGUUAAUUGGGGUGCAGACACCACGGUUCCAGUGCAGUUGGAGCCUGUCGACGCCCGACCCUUAUUCAAGGCCGACAAAACGUAUUGGCUGGUUGGCUUGACGGGGGGACUCGGACUCUCUCUUUGCAAGUGGAUGAUCACCCGGGGGGCAAGAUAUCUUGUGCUGUCGAGCCGAAACCCUAAGGUUGAUCCGCGUUGGAUAUCAGAAUUCAGCGCACUGGGCGCGACAGUCAAGAUAUAUCCCAAUGAUGUUACCGAUCGCCAAUCCGUCCGCUCCGUUUACCAGCAGAUUGAGGCGUCUCUUCCACCGGUGGCGGGUGUCUGUCAAGGCGCCAUGGUCUUGCACGAUACUCUGUUCCUGGAUCUGACGAUGGAGCGCAUGGAGAAGGUGCUCAAGCCGAAGAUGGACGGGGCGAUUUACCUCGAUGAGAUCUUCUCACGCACCCCACUCGACUUCUUCGUCUUUCUCUCUUCCAUGGCUUCGGUGACCGGCAACCCCGGUCAGGCAGCGUAUGCCGCCGCCAACAUGUUCCUGGCUGGACUCGCGGCGCAGCGAAGACAACGCGGCGUGGCGGCUUCGACAGUCCACAUCGGUGCCAUUGUGGGUAACGGCUAUGUAACCCGUGAGCUGACGCUCGCCCAACAGGUGGCUCUGCAGAAAGUGGGCAAUAUGUGGAUGUCCGAGCAGGACUUCUACCAAAUCUUCGCCGAGGCGGUUGUCGCCAGUCCUCCUCGUCCAGGGCUCAAUCCCGAGUAUUUCACCGGCUUGCGGGUUUUCUACGACGACGAGGAAGACAAGCCCCAGUACGCCGACAACCCCAUCUUCGCCCAUUUAACCAAGUACCGGAACGUCGGGGGCAGCAUCGCGAGCGGCAAUGGUGCGACGGUCUCCGUCAAAGCUCAGCUGGCGAAGGCCACCACACAGGAUGAAGUCCAUGCGGUCUUGAAGGCGGCGUUGAUUGCCAAACUGCAAUCCGCCCUGCAAACGCCCCCCGAUCUCGAUGUGAUCGGGCUGAACGCAGAUGCAUUGGGCAUCGAUUCCCUCGUUGCGUUGGACGUGCGGUCAUGGUUCUUGAAGGAGCUGAACGUCGAUCUACCGGUCCUGAAAAUCAUCAGCGGCGCCUCCAUGGGCGACCUGUUAGAACGUGCUGGCGAGCUUCUGCCGUCCACGAUGACGCCCGAUCUGGGCAAGGAUUCUGGUGCGACUGAAAAGAUCCAGACGAAGCCAGUCGUGCCCGCACCAGCCCUACCCCAGCCCCAGCAACCCCAACCCCGGCAGACGAAGCCAACCUCAGCACCCACGAAUCCUACCCCCAGUCUACCAGUCCCCAAAACGGAGCCGGCGACCCCGGCGAGGGUCGCAGAGAUUUCUAAGAACGAAAUGGCAGACCACCCGCGAUCUACUUCUUCCUCGAUUCCCAGGGCCAUCCACGACGGUCCUCUGUCCAGUUCGGCUUCAGUAUCGGAACCCCGAACCCCGUCGGAAUCCAAGCGCACUCCGUCCGAGACAUCUGAAUCCUCCUUCGAGGACAUUGCGCAACCCAUUGGGACCGAGAAUGGCGAGCAGAGAGUGCUGCCGCUCUCCUUCUCGCAGUCCCGAUUCUGGUUCUUGAGAUCCUACCUGGAAGAGAAAACCACGUUCAACGUGACCGUCUCCAUUCGCUUAUCAGGGAAGCUCCGCGUGGACGACCUGGCGCAGGCUGUCGCGACCGUUGGCCAGCGUCAUGAGUCGCUGCGCACGCGGUUCUUCACCAACCCGAGCUACGAGCCCAUGCAAGCGGUUCUUGCGUCCUCCGUCCUUCGACUCGAGAAGAAAGCCAUGACUGACCUGUCCGAGGCACAGGAGGAGUAUCAUCGUGUCAAAAACCAUGUGUAUGACCUGGAGAACGGGGAGACCAUGAGAAUUGUGCUCUUGUCGUUGUCUCCGACGGUUCACGAGCUGAUCCUGGGAUAUCACCAUAUCAACAUGGAUGGAGUUGCUUUUGAGAUUUUCUUCUCCGAUCUGCAGAAGGCCUACGACCGCACACUCCCCAAUGACGGUGGGCUUCUGCAAUACCCCGACUUUGCCGCUCGCCAGAGAAAGCAGUACCUGGACGGUGCAUGGAAGACUCAGCUGGCAUAUUGGCGGGACGAGUUUACGACUCUUCCUGCGCCGUUGCCUCUCUUCCCGCUGUCUACGUCCUCUGGUCGAGUAACCCUGGCCAAGUAUGCGACUCAUCUGUCCUCCUAUCGGGUGUCACCGACUCUCUCGGCCCAAGUGCACGCUAUUUGCAAGAGAUUAAAGGUUUCCCCAUUCCAAUUUUAUCUCGCGGUGUACCGGGUGUUGAUCUCUCGCUUUGUCGCCGUGGACGAUCUGUGCAUUGGGGUGGCAGAUGCGAAUCGAAAUGAGAGUGAUGUGCAGCAGAGCCUGGGCUGCUAUCUCAACCUCUUACCAGUUCGAUUCGACUCCUCCUCAGCGACGAGUAGCUUCAGCGACGUCGUGCGGGACACCAAGGCGAAAGCGCAGCAAGCGUUUGCGAACUCCCAAGUGCCCAUCGAUGUCUUGCUCAAUGAGCUCAAUGUGCCCCGCUCCUCGAGUCACAGCCCCCUGUUUCAAGUUCUGCUCAACUACCGACAAGGGGUUGCCGAGAGUCGCGAUUUUUGCCACUGCGCGUGUGAAUGGACCAACUUUGACGGUGGACAGACGGCUUACGACCUCAAUCUCGACAUCGUGGACAAUGCGGGUGGUGAGGCACUUCUCCGCUUGUCGGUCCAGCAGGGGGUUGCCACUCCGCUCCACUGGCGCGGAACCCUCGUUCACCGUAUCGACGAGGUAGCAAUCCACUCAGCGCAGGCAUCGGCGAUCAAGGAUGGCGUGGGAAAUGAUUGGACGUAUCAGCAAAUGAGCGAUCGUAUCCACAAGAUCGCGCACGCGCUAUCUCAGGCGGGGGUUGGUGACCGGUCGAAGGUAGGCGUCUUCCAGCAGCCCUCAGCGGAGUGGAUCUGCUCGAUGUUGGCCAUCCUACGCCUGGGGGGAAUAUACAUUCCCCUCGAUCCUCGUGUCGCGACCAAUCGCUUGGAGUCAAUCAUCAACGACUGCCAACCCAGUGUGGUCUUGACCGAUACCACCACUCAUCCAACCCUCCAGUCCUUCGACAGCAAGUUGCAGUUGAUUGACAUCACCCGUCUCCCCUCCCCGGCCCCUGACCGAAAGCCCCAUAUAGCUGACAUGUCCACCGAGGAUUCCAUCAUGGCUAUUUUGUACACCAGUGGCAGCACCGGGACGCCCAAGGGUGUGGUGAUGAAGCAUGCUAUCUUCCGCAACCAUGUGGAAACGGUAAACCAUGCGUGGAUAGAGGGGCUCGCCCCUGUGCGAGGCUUGCAGCAGUCGUCUUUCAGCUUCGACAUGUCUCUGGUGCAGAUUUUCUGGCCGCUCUGCGCUGGGGGGAGCGUGUAUAUUGUGCCGCAGUCUGCCCGGGGCGAUCCGCUCGCCUUGUCUCACAUUAUCUCAUCGGAGAAACUCUCGCUUACGGCUGCAACGCCAACCGAAUACCUUAGCUGGGUCCAAUACGGCGACCCAGAGUCCUUGCGACAGUCUGCCUGGAAGUUGAGUAUUGUGGGGGGCGAGCAGGUUACUCCGGCCCUGCUGGCGGCUUUACGACAAGUGAACAAGGCCGACUUACGGGCGAUCAACUGCUACGGCCCGACUGAGACCACAUUCUUCUCGCAUAUCGCGGAGUUGGACUGGCAGCAUGCAAAAGAUGCCCAGAUCUCUCUCGCGCCCUGGGCCAACUAUGCUACCUACAUUCUGGACGCCAACCGGGAGCCCCUGCCGGUGGGUGUGCCCGGGGAGGUGGCCAUCGGAGGCAUGGCUGUUGCUUCGGGCUAUCUCAAUCACAAGGACGCAACUCAGCAGCGAUUCGUCCCAGAUCAAUUUGCCCCGGAGGACUGGAUUGAACGUGGCUGGAGUCAGAUGCAUCUCACCGGAGACCGCGGCCGAUUGCAGCCCGAUGGACGAUUACUCCUGGAGGGACGGAUUGCCGGAGACACCCAGAUCAAACUGGGGGGCCUGCGCAUCGACCUGCAGGAUAUCGAGGCGACAAUCGUGCGAUCCUCGCCGGGUCGGGUUCUUCAUGCGAUUGUGACCCGACGCGAAGACCCGGACCUCCUGGUUGCCCAUGUGGAACUGUCUCGACAGGCUGAUCGCGCGGCCACACAGGAGUCCCUGAGACAGUUGGUGGCGAGUCUGCCUCUACCCCAGUACAUGCGUCCGGCAUUGAUCUUCCCCGUGAAGUCCUUGCCUCGGACACCGUCGGGCAAGAUCGAUCGACGGUCUGUGCAGCAGAUUUCACUGCCCCAGAUCCGACAGACCAAGGCAUCGGAUAUGCCGCCGCCAGUCGAGGAUACCCGGUCCCGGCUGUUGCAGCUGUGGGAAGAGGUCUUGACGGCGCAAGUCCUGGAUCACUUUCCGGUGGAUUCUCAAUCCGAUUUCUUUCAAGUCGGGGGCAGCUCCUUGCUGCUCAUGCGUCUGCAAGCGCUGAUCAAGACCGCCUUUGCGGUUGACAUCCCCUUCGCCCAACUCUUCGAUGCCAGCACCCUCGGCGGAAUGACCUCCAAGAUUCACUCGCUUCGGUACCCUGACCAGACACCGACCACGGUAGUUGACUGGGCUAUCGAGACGACGACACCCUCUGAAGACCCCCCAUUCACCCUCCUCGGCGCGCAAAGGCCCCGCGCCGUCGUCUUGACCGGCGCCACCGGCUUCCUCGGACGAGCACUGCUGCGGCAGUUGAUCUCGACGCCCUCGAUCGAGAAGGUCACCUGUAUCGCGGUGCGAGCCACAUCCUCGCACUCGGACCCCGUAUUCUCCUCCCCCAAGGUCGUCCUCUACCACGGCGACCAAUCCCUGCCGGACCUCGGACUCGCGCCGUCCGACCGCGAGACCAUCUGUGCCUCCGCCGACGCGAUCAUCCACAACGGCGCCGACGUCUCCUUCCUGAAGUCGUACGCCUCCCUGCGCACGGUCAAUGUGGAGUCGACCAAGCGACUGGCCGCGUGGGCGGUGCGCCAUGGGCUCCAGUUCCACUACAUCUCCACCGGCGCGGUCACCGCGCUCACGGGGCAGGCCGAGUGCCCUGCCAUCAGUGUGCGCGACUACCCGCCGCCCACCGACGGCUCGAACGGGUACAUUGCCUCCAAAUGGGCCUCCGAGGUGUAUCUGGAGCGCCUCAGCGCUCGCUACGGCAUGCCCCUCGUCGUCCAUCGGCCCGCCAGCAUCAUCGGACCGGGGGCUGCCGAGACCGAUGUCAUGGGCGCCCUGCUCAAAUACUCGACGAUGAUGCAGGCGGUGCCCCACGGCGAGUAUAUCCGCGGAUAUCUCGAUUUCAUUUCCGUAGACCGCGCGGCUACGGAGAUUGUCGACCGGGUGCAGGCGGGGGUCACCGAUGUGGAUGUGCAGUAUGUGUUCGAGAGCGGGGAGCUGCAGAUUGCGAGCGAGGAGCUGAAGCCGCGGAUGGAGAAGCUCACGGGGGAGAGGUUCGUGGGGUUGGCGAUGGAGGAGUGGGUUCGACGAGCCCUGGUCUUAGGGCUGAAUCCCAUGGUUGCCGCCUUCUUGCAGGGGGCUGCGGGGGGGCCGGGGAUCUUGAUGACCCGGUUGGUCAAGGAGGUUUAG